CUGGGGGUUCCAGCAGGCUGAUCCCGAGAUGAGGGCACCCGUACUGCUGCCGCCCACGCUGCUGACCUGCUGUGGCUGGUUGCUCGCCCCGGUGAACAGCAUUCACCCAGAGUGCCGAUUUCAUCUAGAAAUACAGGAAGAAGAAGCAAAAUGUGCAGGGCUUCUGAGGUCUCAAACAGAAAAUCACAAAGCCUGCAGUGGCGUCUGGGACAAUAUCACAUGCUGGCGACCUGCAGAUGUUGGGGAGACGGUGACCGUGCCCUGCCCGAAAGUGUUCAGCAAUUUUUACAGCAAGUCAGGAAACAUAAGCAAAAACUGUACAAGUGAUGGGUGGUCAGAGAUAUUUCCAGAUUUCGUGGAUGCCUGUGGCUACAGUGACCCUGAAGAUGAAAACAAGAUCACGUUUUAUAUUCUGGUGAAGGCCAUUUACACCCUGGGCUACAGUGUCUCCCUGAUGUCCCUUGCAACUGGAAGCAUAAUUCUUUGCAUCUUCAGGAAGCUGCACUGCACCAGGAACUACAUCCACCUGAACCUGUUCCUGUCCUUCAUCCUGAGAGCCAUCUCAGUGCUGGUCAAGGAUGACGUCCUCUACUCCAGCUCAGGCACACUACACUGCCCCGACCAGGCAUCCUCCUGGGUGGGCUGCAAGCUGAGCCUCGUCUUCUUCCAGUAUUGCAUUAUGGCCAACUUCUAUUGGCUGCUGGUGGAGGGGCUGUACCUCCACACCCUGCUGGUGGCUCUCAUCUUCCCCGGAAGACGCUUCCUGGCCUAUCUGUUCAUCGGAUGGGGCAUCCCCACCGUCUGUACAGCAGCGUGGGCUGUGGCCAGGUUCCACCUGGAGGACACAGGUUGCUGGGAUACAAAUGACCACAGUGUUCCCUGGUGGGUUAUUCGAAUGCCAAUUUUAAUUUCUAUUGUGGUCAAUUUUGUCCUUUUCAUCAGUAUUAUGAGAAUCUUACUGCAGAAGCUGACAUCACCAGACAUUGGUGGCAACGACCAGUCACAAUAUAAGAGGCUGGCCAAGUCCACCCUGCUGCUCAUCCCACUGUUUGGCGUCCACUACAUGGUGUUUGCCGUGCUCCCCAUUGGCAUCUCCUCCAAGUUCCAGAUCCUAUUUGAGCUGGGCCUCGGGUCCUUCCAGGGCCUGGCAGUGGCCGUCCUCUACUGCUUCCUGAACAGUGAGGUGCAGAGCGAGCUGAGGAGAAAAUGGAGGAGCCAGUGCCUGAGGCCGCUCCCAGGCCGGGAUUACAGGAUCUGCAGCACAUCCAUCUCCUGCCAUGGCUCAGAGGGCGCCCUGCAGUUCUACAGGGGCUCCCGCGCGGCGUCCUUCCUGCAGACAGAGACCUCGGUCAUCUAAGUGUGACCACCAUAGCAGGAUCUGCAGGGUGCGGCAUGGCUGUGGCAUGGCUGCACGUGGGUUUCUGCAUGGUGUGACAUGCAUGACUCCUGUUCCUCAAUUUCCCAGCCAGCAUGGCCUUGAUGUAACCCACCUGCCACUGAUUGAUCCCUGCAUGGACUUGGGUCUAAUGAAAAUUGAUUUAAAUGCCAAUCAUUGUUAAACAUGGCAGCAUUUAGAUAACUUUGGUUUAUAAUGUUCAGCUGCCUCCUAGAUGGACCCACUUCCAAAGAGAGAUGGAACAUGGGUGUGGUACCUGAAGCAUCAUAAGGAUGGGCCCAGAGCUGCGGCCCAGACACUGCAGGGUCGGGGAAUAGGGACCUAUUGGGAGGCUGGACACUGCUAGGACACCGAUGGCAGUAAGAGGGCAGCCCUCCACUCAGCACUUCCCCAACCCUGUACCCUCUGCCCUCAACCCUAAACUUUACCCCCACUCCUGCACCCCACUACCCUAUCUCAGCCCACUUUUCACCCCCAACCUGCACCCCUGGUCCUGCAGCCCCUACCCAGCAUCCCCUACCCAACACCCCCUACCCUACCCUCGCCCUGUACCCACUAGUGUUGCACCUCCCACUGUGUGCCACCUCUAUCCUGCACCCUGUACUCCCCAAACUUGCAAUUCCUGCCCUACAGCUCCUACAUUGAGCCACCCCAGUCUGCACCCCUACCCUGUACCACCCCAGUCUGCACCUGUACCCUGUACCACCGCACCCUGCACCCCCACCUCUGCCCUGCAGCUCCAACUUGCUCCCCUCCAGUCCUUCACCAAGCUCUGCACCCCCCUGCCCUGUACUCCCCCAUCCCACACCCUGAAUCCCACCCUGGCACCUCAUCCUGCCCUCCCAACUCCCCUGCCUCCCUAGGGAAAGGGGCUGAGACUACUGGGUCAUGAUCUUGAGAGGGGGGCCAUUGGCAUUUAUAGCCCCUGCCCAAGGGCUGCACCCACAUGCACCAGGACAGCUGCAGUCAUGCCCCCCCACCCCCGACAGCUGUGCAGGCCACAGAUGUGAUCUGGUGGAAACAGGAAGCUACCCUAUUUCCCUGAAAAUAAGACAGUGUCUUAUUUUAAGGUGUGCUCCCAAAGAUGCGCUAGGUCUUAUUUUCAGGGGACGUCUUCUCUUUCCUGUAAGUAGGUCUUAUUUUUGGAGGAUGUCUUAUUUUCGGGGAAACAGGGUACUCUGGAUAAAGCUGAUGUUAGAAUCUCUCUGUUUUCAUGGAGAACAGUUUGGCUCACUGUGUCGGCCCCACUGGUGGCCCCUUGAUCAUCUGCAGACAUAGAGAGGGAGAUCUGGGGUGAGGGCAAGUUGAGUACUGCUGCCACUGGCCAGGCCACUGCCCAUCCCUCACUGCCAGGCCUGAGACUCAGCCAGACCCAGACCAAGUGCCUCCAUGGCUACACUUGGUUCUUCUGAGCACAUAAGACUCUGCUCAUCCACUCAAAAGCGAGCCUCUCCUGUGCACCAGCUGAUGCCCGACACUAAGACCAGGAUGACGGCCAGGCAGGGCUGGGCCCAGGGGCAUGGGGACCAGGCUUCCUCUGGGCUUGUCCAGCAAAAAUGAAGUCUCCGUGCAGUAAGCCAUCACCAAGGUAUAAGAGACUUACCGGAGUCCCUGGUAAGAUAAGACGGUGAACCCAGGUGCACCCAGAGACCACUGCAAGCUGGCCUCCUUGCUGCCCUGUUAUAAAGGACCAUCCCUGGACUUUUGCCCAAGCAAGUCCCAAGCUUGUCUGGAGUUGUUGGCAAGGCUGGCCACAGUCAGAGGAUCUAGCAAACAUCCAGCCCACCAUUUCCUAGGGCCACAGAGGCUCUAUCCAGGACCUAGAUCAUGUCAGCUCCCCAGGAUUCACAGGGGCACAAGGCCUAGGCCAGGCACCCAGGAAUAGGAGGAAAGGGUUAGGCAUCCCUCGCUCUCUGAUGCAGAAGAAAUGAGGCUUUGCUGUGACUAAAAGGGUCAAGGGCCAGCUGUGGCCACUGAGCCGGGACUCUGGGGAUGCUGAGCACAUGUGGGCGUGGCAGGCACCAAGCGGCCAGCAGAUGUGCUGGGGCUCCACUGUGCCCGGGCAUUUCUCAGCAGAGCUGAGCUUCUCUUGCCUGGCAAAGCGACUCUGAAUAUUUGCUCAUUGAGCUGGCUGGUGAGCAGAGUGGUGCCCAGCAAUCAACAGGAAUUUUUAAAUGUGGUAAGCAUGUGUGGGGUGUGGUGGACCCCACCAUGGAAGGUAAUGAGCUGUGUAAAUACUUCAGUAAAACCUGAUUUCA